GGCAAGACUGCGGGGAAACCAAGGACUGCUCUGCAACCUCUCUCCUGUUCCUCUUUUAACAUUUUAUUCGGAUUAAGAGACGUGGCGAUAGAUGGGCUGCAGUAGUGGAGGUGUAAACACGAAGCGUCAGGAAAAUACGUUUUAAUGGUGGGCUUAGCAAAGCAUUCGAACGCUGCAGCUAGAACAAACAACUCAAUACUGACAGAUAACAAUUAAGGGAAAACGGAGAUGUCCGCUCAAGGGAUACUCAACAGUGUAUUCUCGUGCUCUUCUCCAUCCUCGAAAACUAUUUCCAAAAGGAGACUGCGGCAGACGCGCAGCUUGGACCCAGCCAUAAUAAGAAACUAUGGGACCGACUCGGAUAGGAAACCGGAGGAGCUGGACAGCUUUAAGUCGCUGUACGAGGGCUCAAGAGAGACAGGUGGCGGUUCGUCUCCCCAAACCUCAGCUGAAUGCCUGGUUGCUUCAAAGUUGGAUUUGCGAUCUAAACCCUCAAGCUCAAAACAACUUCUUUCGUCUUUUUCAAACCCAUCGACACCAAUAGAAACCUCUCCGUCCUCCAACUUUCAGUUCGAUUAUGAUGUGAAGGGCGUGAAGCGGAAUACCGCCUGGGAUCUGCCGUUCCUUGCGCGGAGCCCCGCUCUCGCACCCACGGGCAGCGCGAGCACUAUCUUUUCCCCACGGAAGUGGCUUCAGAAGAAACUGCAACAGUCCAGCUCUUACUCCUACAUCGUAUGGAAGUCCGAGGGUGACUUCACCUGGAACAGCAUGUCCGGGCGGAGCGUUCGGCUGAAGCCCGUGCCCAUCCAGAGCCUCUCGGAGCUGGAGCGGGUUCGACUGCAGGAAGUGGCCUUCAUCCGGCUACAGCAGGACUAUGACCUGGGCUGCCAGAUCACCAUCCCCAAAGAUGGACAGAAGCGCAAAAAGUCGCUGAGGAGGAAGCUGGACUCCUUAGCAAAGGAGAAAAACAAAGACAAAGAGUUUGUCCCUCAGGCUUUCGGCCUGCCCCUGUGGCAGGUGAUCGCUAACGACCGCUCCCAUAAGCAGCGGCAGGAGUCCCAGCGGGGGGAGCACAGGGACCCCUCGGACCUGGUGUCCUCCAUCUUACAGUUCGCCAUCAAGAGGCCCAACAAGGAGCUGUCCAGCAGCACGUCGUCCCUGAGCUCCACCUCCGAAACGCCCAACGAGUCCACCUCCCCCAACACCCCCGAGCCGCCCCCCCGGGCUCGACGACGGGGCGGAAUGUCUGUGGAUUCCAUCACCGACCUGGACGACAGUCAGUCCCGCCUGCUGGAGGCCCUGCAGCUCUCCCUGCCGGCCGAGGCUCCCAGCAAGAAGGAGAAGCACCGCGACAAGAAGCUCAGCCUCAACCCCAUCUACCGCCAGGUGCCCCGGCUGGUGGACAGCUGCUGCCAACACCUGGAGAAAUACGGUCUUCAAACAGUGGGGAUUUUUCGUGUAGGAAGUAGGAAGAAAAGAGUGAGGCAGCUGCGGGAGGAGUUUGACCGAGGGGUGGACGUCCCGUUGGAAGAGGAGCACAGCGUCCACGACGUGGCGGCGCUGUUGAAGGAGUUCCUCCGAGACAUGCCUGACCCUUUACUGACCAAGGAGCUCUACACGGCGUUCAUCAACACUCUGCUGCUGGAUCACGAGGAGCAGCAGGCCUCCAUUCAGCUGCUCAUCUACCUGCUGCCUCCCAGCAACAGCGACACCCUCCACCGCCUGCUGGACUUCCUGUUCACGGUGGCCGCCCACGCCAACGAUGCUCACGACAGAGACGGGCAGGAGGUCACUGGGAACAAGAUGACGUCGCUGAACCUGGCCACCAUCUUUGGGCCGAACCUCCUGCACAAGCAGAAGAGCACAGAUAAGGAGUUCUCUGUGCAGAGCUCGGCCCGGGCGGAGGAGAGCACGGCCAUCAUCGGCGUGGUGCAGAGGAUGAUCUCCUCCUACGAGGCCCUCUUCAUGGUCCCCGCUGAGCUGCAGAACGAGGUUCUCAUGAGCCUGCUGGAGACCGACCCGGACGUGGUGGACUAUCUCCUGCGCAGGAAGGCUUCACAGUGGUCGAGCCCAGACCUGAUGCCAGAGGCCCCGUUCUCUCUGAAUGAGCGCCACUCCUCCAGCGACUCCAACAAGGCGUCGAGCGGGGAGGUGUCCCCGUACGACAACAACUCCCCGGUGCUGUCGGACCGCACGCUGCAGCAGGGCGAGGGGGGCAGCCCGCGGGCCGACCGGCUGUUCCGGGUCCCGGAGCAGUACACGCUGGUGGGGCCCCUCAAGGGCCGCGCCAAGGACAACGCGCCCGCGCAGUGGGGCGGCAAGGACUACACCGAUGAACACACUAAUAUCUGGGGAGCGUGGCACGCGACGCUGAAGUCGGGACAGAAGGAUCAGCUGCACACAGGCUCCCAUGGGAAUGUGUCCGAUUGCGGUUCCUCCAGCCCGUCGGAGGGUCUACCCGGUCACCUGGGCAACGGGAAGCAGCCGGUGCGACGGACACAGACGUCCUCCGGCGUAGCAGAAAACAGGCCACACCUCCCGGUGACCCGUGCCAGCAGCACCCCCCAGGGGGAGGCAGGACCCCGCCCACUGCAGCUCAGCCUGGACGGCCAAUCGGCAUCCAGCAGCUCGGAGGACCUCCCACAGAGGGGCGGGCUUUCCGUGACCCCGCCCUAUAAAGGAAAGCCUGCCCAGAGGAACGAUGGCAGGCCCCCGCCUCCCUACCCGGGACCCUCGCGACCGGCCCUGUCCGCCACGCCGCCCCCCUCCACACAUGCUCCCCGCUCGCCCGCCCCCCCCUCACACAGACGCCCCCUGCAGGAGAGGGAGUCUCUCCACUCCCCCGCCAGCCCCGUGGAGGGGAAGGAGUGGCAGGACUGGCAGAGGGAGAGGUGGCAGAUCUGGCAACUCUUAUCGUCAGACAACACGGACGCUCUGCCAGAGACGCUGGUGUGAGCGCCUCUCUUUCUCUCGGACAGCGCCCCCCCAUGGUGGGACACGCAGCUGCUGCCUACAAGUGAGCGAGGUCCCAGUACGUCUUUCUGUUCGCUAGUUUGUAUGUUUUUAAAAUGUUUCAUUUCAUCUAUCAAUUUCACUUUUUUUUUUUGUUAAUGGUUAUUUUUGCCACAUUUUGUUGUAAAAUGUCUGAAUGUCUAUCAUAGGCCUAACUGUCAAUUUGACAUACCUCAAAAAAAGAAAGGUUUUAAAGAAGGUUUUAAAGUUUGGGAAGCUGUAUAGUGAGUCUGAAAAUUUACCUGUGGCUGCACUGUAGGCAAAUCAGUCAUUUCUCUACACCUUAACCAAGUACACACUGUUACAUGCUUUAACCAAGUACACACUGUUACAUACAUUUAGUGAUUACAGAGAGGUUCGGUUUUGGGACACAAAGUGAGAAUAAGAGUCUCACUGUAGUUGUUUAACAUUAGUGCUGUAAAUCUUGCCAUUUCACUUGGUGACAGAGUGUGUGUAAAUAGCAGAGAGGUUGCAGUCAGGGUGUAAUUCACAUGUAAAUGACCUACUUUGUGUAAAGUGUUACCAAGAGUUAUUGUAUAUGUAAAGAACUGUAAUAUUACCAUUAUUUCUCCAUUAACCAGAACAAGUAACUAAUAUCAGAAACAGGGCUGUGCAUUUGUCCGGUUUCACUGUUAUUUCAGUGGGGUUACUGAUGUUGUUUGCUUCAAAAGUGAAGUCUGAAGACCCAGUGAACAGUGAUGAAUUUCGUUACAGCCAGUCUCCAAGGGAUUUUGCGUAGCUAGAGCAAGCAAAAUAUAUAUGAACAUGUUUUAUUGGUACAAGUAAAACAAUAUUAUUUGAGACUUUUGUAAUGUGGAUGGAAACACACUGAGAUGUACUUGUAAAUUUUAUUCUUUCUAUACGGUUCUGUACAUGCCCAGUGCUCAGUGACCCCUAAAGACAGUACUGUGGGAACAAGACCAACUAUGUGCCAACUGCACUGCCUAGGCUAUGUUUAACUGUUUUAACUCUAUUUAAGUGUCUUUAAUAUUUUUGUAUUUCUUUUGAAUUAUUUUGCCCGGUUUCUAUUUCGUUUGAGCAGAAAACACAUUGUUCUCUUUUAACAUCACUAUUUCAGAAUCCAGAUUGGUCCUGAAUGUAUAUCGGUACUAUAUUUUAUAUCAAAGGCUGCUUGGUACUGCUAGGCACUGCUGAAGUCCUUUUAUGUUUUACUCCUGUCGUUGUCCUCUGUCCUCUUCUCUGCAGUGACUCUUUUUGCUGAGGUUUCUGCUGCGUAAAGUGGCCUUUUCGUUGUAUGUAAAAGGUGUUAUCUGGUGAUGUAAACGUCUGCUCCUCCAGACAGAGGUAUCGCAGGGAGCUGUGCUUUGUGUUUCCUGUAAACGUGAUCAAUAGGAAAAUGUAAAAUAGAAAGAAAAUUGUGGUAUUAUUAAGCCAUGUAUUUAUAAAUAGUAUAUUCUUUUUAUUGCUUGUAUUUCCCCAUGCUGUAUAGUGUUGCUAUGGGUGUUCGUGUGUGUAUUGGUGGGAUGCAUGUACUGUGUACAUGUGUAUGUGUGUGUUUGUGUGUUUGCGCACUUACAUUUGUUGUGGUGGUCAGAGACCCAGGUCAAAAGUGCUUUCCCAUGAGUGUGUGUACAGUCCAGACUUCCUGUGUUCACUGUCCAGGCCAAAGCCCCGGUCUAUAAAAAACAAAGUGCAGUUUGUGUUAUGUUAAGCCCAGUUUUGUAUGCACAGUGUCUAUAUGUGCCACUUAUUUAACACUGCCCACGUUACCACGAUACACAGCAAAGCACUCUGUGAUGAAGCAAGCCUUCUCCUUUGAGACGUCAUAUUCCCAUUAAAUCCCUAACUCUCCAUGAUAAUAAUCACCAAACGUAUUACACUAGAGUAUGUUUAGACAGGGUAAACUCUCAGUACAGCUGAUGGGAGGGAGAUUUUAUUCAGUCUAUGCCCUGCUGUAAAAUCCAGCUAUGCCAGCUUGACCAGGUUGAAACUUGAGCUGGUUUAGCUGAUUAUAAAGUUGAUCUAGUUGGGUAUGAGUUGGCCAACCAGUUAGUGCUGGUAGCCUGUCUGAGCUGGCAGCUAGUCAGCCGCCUACCACCUGUUUUAAAACAUAACUUGAACUGGUGAAAUUUGGGAGCCGGUCUUAAUUGGUCAACCAGCUACCAGCUGUUUCAAAACCUAGCUUGAGCUGUUCUUUUCAGCCGGGUAUGGAUCCGUUUUUCAUACAUUUUCAUAACACUUUUGCAUUUUGUGAUAGACUUUCAAAUCUCACCUGAGCAUGUUUGCCCUUUGAUAUCUCGGAAAUAUGCCAGCUGUAGCCUAUAAUGCAGUAUUAGCUGAUCAAUCGUCGUCAGUUUGUAAAUGGCACCUGUGUCCGCAGUCAGAGUAAAACCAAGAUAGUAUUCGAUAGACAAUUGUGUUCACUGUGAAAUGAACGGAAUGGCUAACAUAGCUUUACAGUUCCAGCUUGUUGGGGUCGUUGCCAUAAUCGCUAUAGAGACAGAAUCCCUCUUUGAUUCUGGAAUAAAGAGCCAUUCCCUCUGCGGGAAAUCUGCCCUUUAGUGUUAGCUACAGAUUUAUUACAGAGUACCACCUGCCUGCUCUUAGAUCCUGUCCUGUGGUCUGGCCAAAAACACCACUAUCAGCAUGACUUGGCCUGGAACAAUACAUCGGUGAACGGGAAAGGCCCUCUGUACAUAUAAUAAAAACGUCUGGGGUUUCCCGGUUAACGGCGCGUUAACAUUCUGAGUGCGUCUGAACUGCGGGUGCACUGCACUUAAAGAGCGCAUCUAAGAUCCGCGAGAGCAGAACUUACUGAAAAAGGAUUCUUGGUCAAGUCCCUGCCUCCAAAACAAAUAACAUUUUUACCUUGAAGGCCUUUACUUGGUCAUUGUAUUAAAGAUUUUCCUAUCACUAGACUAUCGGCUGCGUGAUAAGAUACAGUAACUUUGCCUGGACUUUCAUUGCCCUCGGGUCAAUAGUGGAGUGACAAUGCAUGCUUGUGUUCUCCACAAAGAAAAUAGUGCAUUCCAUCCACUUCUGUACAUUCUAAUGUUAAUGUACCGUAACAAACCCUAACUCUUCAAACUUGUUUGCGUGGCUCGCAGUGGCAAACAUAGUCACAAGUUCUGGCACCGGAGUUGAUGCCCCUUCUCUAACCCCGCUUGCUCUGGGUCUUGACUCUGUAUUUUACACUUUUAUUCACGCUUUUAUCUCCAUUCAUUUAUCAAGUAGACCCUGUUGCACAUUUUUACCUUGGGAUUGCAUAGCUUGCUAGCUGGCUAGAUUCGUCCUGGAAUUUUGGGGGUAUUUAUAUUGUUAGCUGUAAUACAGGCCAGCUAGGUAAUGUUGGUAACUUGUCCUUAAGUGCACUAAGCCAAAGUCAAACACGAGACCACUCUUGAUUACGCUCAUUGAAGCUCUACAUCAUGCUGAGAUCAAAGCCCUAUCAAACUGGUGGCCCCACCUUCCAUCACCUUACAACCCAUAUUCAUUCAGUUCAGGAGGAAAGGCUCCAUCAAUGCAGUACAAAUAUUGUUUGUGUCAGAAGUUCGCCGGCCUUACCACAGUCUGCCAAUGCGCCAUGUCGCCCCCCGGUGGCCGGGCCGUGUAAAGACACAUUGGGUUGAAUAUCUGAGGAAAUUCUGUAGUCGUCUUUCAGGACAGUCUUUCUGUUUUGAUUGUGUGUAAAAAAAUAAAUAAAUAAAUAAAAAGAAACUGGAAUUUUUUUACAAAACACACAAUCAUUUUUAAACGGAAACUGAAAGACUUGCUUCUCCGAUCAAAAGACCAAAUCUCAAUAAAUGAAAGCAUAUGCUUAACUGUUCAUUAAUUUUAGCCCCAAGCUGAGUGCUUGAACUUAAGAGGAAAUUUUUAUGAUGUUUUUUUUUCUCCCCUGAGGCAUACAUCUGUUGUUUUUGUUAUACCAGCACCUAUUGAAUGCUACUUUCAAUGGUGAUCACAUUUUGCUGUGAUUUAAAUAUUUGCUGGCAAAUAUUACUCAUUGGGCGUGGGCGAACAUUUUGUUUGUUUGAAUCUGUUCCUUUAACAUGAACUAUUUUGAAGAAGGGAAAAUAUGGGAAUGUUUAUCAUCUUAUGGUCAUCUCCCAACAUGAAUCCAUGACAUCAUCAUCACACUUUCUGCACAGACAAUCACAUGUAUCUAAAAUAUGGGUAAAAUAAAAUGUGUACACUAUUUCACUUUAUUAUGCUGUCACACCAAGACAAAGUGCACUCCCAUUUCCUAUUUCCAUUCCCAGCAAACACACAAUGUUCUCAUGGUGUUACUGAAAAGAUUUGACAAUGUUAUAACACUGCCACAACAUUGCAGCAACAUUGUGAGAACGUUUUGUGUGUCUCUCUCGCUCUAUGGCCUUAUGGUUCUCACUGUGGUUCUCAUUGCCGUCAGCCUUUUAAGAUGAUGAAAACAGUUUAACAAUUAGAAUUUAUUAUCACCUUAUUUUGAGAUGUUAACGCUUUUUGUACCUUGUGAUCCAAAAAAAAAAAAAACUGAUAUUUUUUAUUAAGUUUUGUAAUAUAUAACUAUGUUUGUAUUCUAAAUCCAAGUACAUUAUGUAUGGUCUGAAGUUCUUCAAAGGCCUGCUUUUGUGAUGUGUACUGUCUUAAGUAAGCCAUGAUGAAAUAAAUCUGGAUAUAAAAAUGA